GUCACACUAUCAGCAACUAAUGUUUCAUUCGCCCAAUCAAAAGUUGGUUUAUUAAACGCGCAGUAGAAAUCAACAAGUGAUCACCGCCCAAUAACCAUGUCCAGCGAAGGAACAAAGACUUUCACCCGCGCAGAGGUCGCCAAGCACAACACAAACAAGGACACCUGGCUGCUCAUCCACAACAACGUCUAUGAUGUGACGGCUUUUCUGAACGAGCAUCCCGGUGGCGAGGAAGUGCUUAUCGAGCAGGCCGGCAAGGAUGCCACAGAGAACUUCGAGGAUGUCGGCCACAGCAACGACGCCCGGGACAUGAUGAAGAAGUACAAGAUCGGUGAGCUGGUUGAGAGCGAACGCACCAGCGUGGCCCAGAAGUCGGAGCCCACCUGGAGCACGGAUACGCAGAACGAGGAGAGUUCGGUGAAGUCCUGGCUGCUGCCGCUGGUCCUCUGUCUGGUGGCCACGCUAUUCUACAAGUUCUUCUUUGGCGGCGCCAAGCAGUAGUAGUCCCCAAUCCCAACGGUGCCCAUCGGAGGCCAUCCGAUCGCGAUGCGGAGCCACCAAUUAGUUAAUCCACGAACGCUCAAAGUCAAAAGGCUCACAAAUGGAUG